AUGGCAGAACCAAUCUCAGGCUUCGUUCUCGAUACACCAACAAUCCUAUCCAUUGGAUUCGCGCUCUCCUUUAUGCCAAUUGCAUACGGUCUGGGUACAUAUUUGAUCCCAUCGAGCCAGCUCCGAAAUCGCGCGCUGUUCAUGUGGCACGCGUAUGACGCUCUGACCCAUCUCUUCAUCGAAGGCUCCUUUCUGUAUGAGUGCUUCUUCAGCUAUACCAAAAUCAUUGAGCCUGUCGGCACAAAGGCCCUGGAGCGUCCAUAUUACUUUCUUGGUCGGAAAGAUCGUAUAUACGGUGCUCAAUUUGGUACUGGACCUAGCGCGCGUCUGUGGCAGGAAUACGCCAAAGCCGACCAUCGCUGGGCUACUGCCGAUACGACUGUUAUCUCACUUGAAUUGUUGACUGUGUUCCUGGCCGGUCCCGCUGCGAUUUAUAUCUGCUACUUGCUUUACAAGAUUGCCAGCAAUCGAAACUCAUCCAAAGCCGGCGCUCAACAGCUCGGUACUACCAAGGGCAAACUCUGGCUCGUCGCUUCUGCUGUCGCGACUGGUGAACUUUAUGGUGGAUUCAUGACUUUUGCGCCCGAAUGGCUCAGUGCGAAUUCACAACUGGAUGGCAGUAAUCCGGUGUUUUUGUGGUUGUACCUUGUCUUUUUUAAUAUGCUAUGGGUGUUUAUUCCGGCUUGGGUGCUGACUGAAGCAUACAAGGAGAUCAAGGGUGCAUUUGUCACGGUGGAGGUCUCGUCACCUCUUUGGGAUUCAGUCAACGAUGAACUGCGGCGGGGUGUUGUCGCCUCGAAUGAACCUCCAGCCGGGUAUCCCCCUCCAGGACAACCACCCUACCCUCAGCAACCGGGCUACGGACAUCCUCCACCCGGCGCUCCUCAGGGCGGUUAUUACCCUCCACCACAGGGCGGCCACUAUCCUCCCGGCCCCGGUGGUCCUCCUACUCCUGGUCAAUACGGUGGUUAUCCCCAGAGGCCUCCUCCUGCUCAACAAGGCUAUCCACAACAUGGAGCAUAUCUCCCGCCACAACAAGGAGGCUAUGGUCAACCACCACCAGGACCACCUGGCGCAUACGGACAUCCUCCUUCCCCAGGACCUUAUGGGGCACCUCCUGCUCAGCCCGGAUAUGGUGCACCUCCGCUCGGUCCACCCGCUCAACCUUCCUUCGGAUACAUUCCAGGCCAGGUUGCGCCAGGCGAUUUCACAUCUCAAGCAAACUCUUUGCGCAAAGCAAUGAAGGGAUUCGGUACAGAUGAGAAGACUUUGAUCCAAGUACUCGCUCAUCUAGACCCUCUACAGAUGGCCGCUGUCCGAGAAACAUAUACCAAACAUAUCAGUCGCGACUUAUACAAAGACGUCAAGGGCGAGACGUCCGGAUACUUCGAACAGGGACUACUAGCUAUCAUAGAAGGCCCACUAAACCACGAUGCGGAACUUGUGCGUGACGCUGUCAAGGGCCUAGGUACUAAGGAAUGGCUAUUGAACGAUGUUUUAUUGGGUAGAUCAAAUGCUGAUAUGCGAGAGAUCAAAAACGCAUACCAGCGCAAAUUCAACCGUAGUAUGGAAAAGGAUGUCGAAAGUGACUUGUCUGCCGAGACGAAGAACCUCUUCAAGCGGGUCAUGUCAGCAACCCGCCACGAAGAGUCAACUCCAUUUAACCCAGCAUCCAUUGAGAACGAAGUCAAGAGUAUCCACGGCGCUACCGCUGGACGGAUCACGAACAACGUCGCCGAGGUCUGCGCCAUUUUCGCACAGAGCUCCGACAACGAACUCCGCGCUAUUAGCCACAAAUUCCACGAACGCUAUCACGUCGAGCUGGAGAAACACAUCGCAAGCCAAUUUUCAGGACACAUGAAAGAUGCGCUAAUUCACAUGUUACGGACAGCCACUGAUCCCGCUUAUCGUGACGCAGCUGCUCUGGAAGAAACCAUGGCUGGCGCUGGGACGAAAGAUUUCCAACUAGUUACUAGAAUUGUGCGUCUGCAUUGGAAUAAGCAGCAUCUUGAUCAGGUUAAGAAGGCGUAUUAUCACCACUAUAGACGCGAUUUACGUGACCGCGUCAAGGGUGAAGUAAGCGGCGAUUAUCAGACGUUGAUGUUGGCUUUGUUGGAGUAGUGGCUUCAACUCUUGCCACAACAGCCCACGAAUUUUUCCUGAUUAUAUGUGGUCUUGGAAAGCGGAUUCGGGUGGUCUUUUCUUGCUUGUCUUGUAUCGGCUUGCUGCGGGUUUUUUAUGUUUGUGAAUACCCUUCAUUUUUACUUUGUGUAUAUAUACUUCGCUUCUUGUAUGGCCUGAAUCAGACCUUUGUCCGUUCCUGGACUGAGUGUUUAUGGAUGGUGCAAUGAAAGUAAUGAGUUCUCAGAUUCCAUUGAUUGAAUGGACACCAAUGCACGUAGCAGGAUGUUAGACAGGUAAUACCUAAUGCAAGAUCGAAACCGCUUAAACUAAAGUAGUCUCAUGCUAUGCAAAGAAAAGAAAUACAUAUAAUCAUAAAUCAUAAAUCCUUUCCACUUCGUAAUAUCAUCAAACAACCUCCCUGAUCAAAGUACAGUACGCACCAGGGAACAAACCUGUUCGACCUGCAUAGUAACCCCAAUACCAUUCAUCAUUAAUAUUCUCAGCUUCUGUAAUCUCCGCGCCACGAGGGAAGGAUAAUUCAUCUGUGCAGGAUUCUUCAGCGAAGUAUGACCAGUUUGCUCUUAGGACAAGACCGAAUCCGCCGUCAGGUGGAAUCAUCGUAGCAGCAGUAGUACGACGGUCUAAUUGUGUCGUUGUUGUUGCGGAAGGUGACGUUGAUGGUGAAGAAGAAGCUGAAUCCAGUGGGUUAAUGUGAGAGGUUCGCGCACGACCGGCCUUUUUGCGUUUUGUGUUGCCUUCUUUCCAUGACCAAUCUCCCGUUCCGAGUUCUGGAGAAGCGAUGGAACCCGAAGAUGAUGAAGGCUCCAUAUUGUUCGCCAGUUCAUCUUUUAAUGUAUAUCCGCCAACUAAGUCUCGGACAAUGACCCGUCGCUGUCCCUUUUCAUGGUCUUCAUAUCCUAUUACAAUCAUGCGAUGACCUUUUAGACAACGUCGCCAGCCUCCGUGUCCGUUGUCCUUGCUGAUCUUCCCCGACACCACUAAUUUCAGGUAGCAGUUUGUACAUACAUCGUAAU